GGUUCCAGCCUGAGGAGUAGUUUCGUUUCCUGCUGGCUCCGGGAUUAGUUUCCAGGCACCCCCUCGAACGCCCGAGGCCUGGGAAAGGGGCGCAGGAGGAGGCCGGAGACUUCCAGGGGCUGCGCGGCCCCGCAGCGCGGGGUUGAUGGACCGGACCGUCCCCCGCAGCGGCGCCAGCUCGCUGCCACUGCUCCUGGCCCUCGCCUUGGGCCCAGUGAUCCUCCAUUGUGUUGUGGCAGAUGGAAAUUCAACCAGAAGUCCUGAAAAUGACCUUCUCUGUGGAGAUGCUGGAGAAAACUGUGCAGCUACCACUACACAAUCAAAGUGGAAUGACUACUUCUCUCAGUGCCCCCCAAAAUACAAGCAGUACUGCCUCAAUGGGAGAUGUCGCUUCGUGGUGGCCUUGCAGACACCCUCCUGCCUCUGUGAUGACGGCUACGCUGGAGCAAGAUGUGAGAGAGUUGACUUUUUUUACCUGCGAGGAGAUACAGGACAGAUUCUGGUGAUUUGUUUGACAGCCGUUAUGGUGACGUUGAUCAUUUUGGUGAUUAGUGUGUGCACAUGCUGUCAUCCUCUUCGAAGGAAAAAGAAAGAAGAAAUGGCAAAUCUUGGUAAAGAUAUAACUCCUGUAAAUGAAGAUAUUCAAGAGACUAGUAUUGCUUGACGUCUAUAAAGAUACCCCAGGCUGCUGGCAAGCUACAAAAUGCCUUGCUCAUUUGAAAAAGGACAGAAUGUGUCUCAGGAAAACAGCUAGCACAAUGGAUUUUAAAUAAUGUAUUUACCUUUUGUUUGUAACAGUUUGUGUUAUUUACUAUUAUUUUUAUAAUAAUAAUAACGAUGAAUUUUACAAUUGAUUGGUAAUUGGGAAGAAAGCACCUAUUUAAGAAGGAAAAUUUUAAUAAACUUCUACUUAAGUUUUGUCACCAGGAUUACUAGUCAAAUAAAAAAGAAAAGUAGGAAGGAGUUUAGAUCUAAGAAAUUGAAUUAACAAUAAAGCUACCAUUUAGCCAAUACUUACCAUGUGCUAAGAGUUUGAAAUAUAUUAUUUCCUUUAAUCUUUUCAAGAACCUAUGUCUACUGUGGUCCUCAUUUUCUAUAUAUGGAGACAGGCCCAAAGAAGUUAAAUAAUCUAACCCAGGGAGCUGAAACUGAAACCAAGAUUUCCCCAAAUUCAAAGGUUAUGCUAUUAACCAUCAUUUUUGUUCAUCUGAGUUGGUAUAGCCUAACUCACUAAUAUAACCCAAGACUUUCUACUGAACCGUGUGUGUUUUGCUGUGACUCUGAGAUGCUGGGUCCGUUUUUCUGCAGAAACUUAGAAUGCAGAGUCCUAAGUAUAUGCUACUGUUACCACCAUGCUUUAUGAGAAAUUGACUUUUAUUGUGUUUCUUUGCUCCUUUACAAAUGAUCAGUGACAUGAAUAAAUUCUUACAUUAGUAAAGCAAACAGAUUUGCCCCCUAGCUAGGGUAAUGAAUAGAGAUGCGGAAAGUAAAUGCCUGAUAGUUUUGAAGCCCCAGGUAAGUGUUUAUGCACACUAACAUAUCAAUAAUAGCACUAGAAGAGUAAUGGUAAGUGACCGCGUAGAGGAGCCAGGUGGAGACUGGAUGUGAUGAUAUCCUCAUUUCUGUUCUAAUAAGCAGUACCUGCGAUUGCUCUUAGGUGAAUAUCAUUGCAAUGAAAUUAUGAACAUACAUCUAUUACUUAGGACUAUCUUGCCAAAUGCCCUUUUAACUCCAUAGUAUAUUUAAUAAGGACUUUUUAAAAAUGGAAAAAUAAAGUCUACAUUUUAUUCCAUAGAAUGUGGAACUUUCUACAUUGACCGGGUGGAUCUUUUACAAACAGAUGAAGGAUGUCCCCACAUUGCUGAACUUUGGUUGUUUUGCCUGUCAGCCAAGCAGCUUCUUUUUCAGAAUCUUUGUAAAUUUUACUUUUUGGUGUGAACUUCAUACGCAAAAUGAAGGGGAGAAUUCAGACAAAAGGUGAAGAAGUUGUGUAUCAUUUUCUAUCACACAUCUUUUUAGAGAGACUGGGGCUGUACUUCUGUAUAACACAGAUACAGCUCCCACAUCAAUGAGAUAAUUUGAUAAUUUUCUAAAUCUAUUUUUUUCACCUGACUUAACAGCUGUCUUUGAGACAGGAUUAUAUACAAUUGAUUCAUAUUGUAUAUGUUUUAUUUUAUAGUCUCCUUCUAGACUCAUUUCAUG